AUGUACUUCUUAUCGAAUAGCGCUACGAUGCCAUACAGGUGACUGUUGUUACUUAUUCUUGAUGUGCUUACUGCAAGCUCGUGUCAUGGGAGAGGGGGAGAGGACUACCCCACAAUUUCCCAUAGUACAUGCAGGACAAAAAAUGGUAGCUAUUGCUACAGCACUUGAAUAAGUGUUCACCUAUAAACUUGCGAUUGUAAUUAAUUAAUUGUUAGUUUCGCCGAAAUUGAUCACGUACAGCCAUUACAUAAGAAGUUAUUUAAACACAAAACGUUGAUAUCUAAGUUGCUAUAUUGGGUAAUUAUAAACCUUAAAGCAUGACAAGGCGAAGUUUAAGAAAGGCACAAGAGUGGGGAAUAUUCCUAAAGUUUGUGUCAAAGAUGACCACCACAUCUAGGAUAUAUUCCUUCGAACCUAGUUUGUAUUUGAAAUCUACGGCAAACUCAAAUUAGGAAACAUGUAAAAGCCGUAAGCGGCUAUCAUUGAAUUCAAUUCAUUCAUUAUUCUUUCAAGUGUAUUAAUAUUUUUUUUUUUGAGCAUUGAUGAAUGUACCUGAAACCUACUGCAUUAGCUGAUGUAACAACAAGAGUUGGCUGGAAAAUCAAAGAAAAAAAAUAAUAAUCAGCCAAGUGGUCACUGAUGUAUCUUGAAUAUUCAAGAUUUAUAUCAGCUAAGUUCAGCCAGAACCUGCAACAAUAUGCAGCCGUUUAUUUUUCUUAUCAAGGCGAUACUGUUAAUGAUUUGAUAGCAAAACUUCCAAACAUUCUGAUAGCCCCAUCACUAUCUCGUAACUUUUCAAACAAAUCAGACAAUGCUCGCUUGAGAUUAACCACCGAGUAAAAAAAAAAGCUCGCUCGCUUUUCUUUUCCGUGAGAAACUAAAAACGCAAUGUGAGGGGGUAAUUAUGUAAAUACAAAGAAUCGUUUCAUCAUCUGCCCCUCUUCAAAAUAGUAUCGUACCUCAUCGAGAAGUUAUCUGAACUGAAAGAUAUGAAGUAGGCAAGCCUUAAUCUAAUUUUUUUUUAGGUGGACACACAAAGACGAGAUUUCUAGACCGUAUUUUGUAAACUGGUUGGACCUUGUCUCAAUCGUCGAUUCUUAAAUGGGUAGUUAAGGCAAUUAGCCUCGACCUAGUUACGUUUGCCGGAAUCAUAAUCGCCGUGGUGUU